UUGAAAGCAAUAAUCGCUAGGCAAGCCAACCAAAUCAAAAAGUGAAGCUUUCUUCUUCUUAGCCCCAAAGAAAAAAAGGAAGACGCAAUCAAAUACUCAAAGGUGCUGAGAUGUGUCUGUUGAUUUCUUCUGGUCUAUGGGUUCCUGCGACAUUCUGAGUGUGUUGUUCGGUUUAGGCGUUUGGUGCAUUGCUUAUAUAUCAGUCGCCAUCGUUGCUUCUUUUAGAAUCCUUCACUCUCUUUGUUCUAUUUGAGUUUUUUUUUUUUCUGGAAGAUUUUGCUUUGUUACAAUGGGUUACGCUCAGCUCGUUAUCGGUCCAGCAGGCAGCGGAAAGUCAACUUAUUGCUCAUCUUUGUAUGAACACUGUGAAACCGUCGGCAGAACAAUGCAUGUUGUUAACUUGGAUCCUGCUGCUGAAAUCUUUAAUUAUCCUGUGGCUAUGGAUAUAAGAGAACUUGUUUCUUUGGAAGGUGUUAUGGAGGAGUUUGGGCUUGGUCCUAAUGGUGCCCUCAUGUACUGCAUGGAAUACCUUGAGGAUAGCUUACAUGAUUGGGUGGAUGAAGAAUUGGAGAACUACAGGGACGAUGAUUACCUUAUAUUUGAUUGUCCAGGCCAGAUAGAACUGUUUACACAUGUUCCUGUGCUCAAGAACUUUGUGGCGCAUUUGCAACAGAAGAACUUCAACGUCUGUGUUGUUUAUCUACUUGAUUCACAGUUCAUAACAGAUGUCACCAAGUUUAUCAGCGGUUGCAUGUCGUCUCUCUCUGCAAUGAUCCAGCUUGAAUUACCACACGUCAACAUCCUCUCAAAGAUGGAUCUCUUGCAGGAUAAAAGCAACAUUGAUAACUACUUGGAUCCGGAGCCUCGCACAUUGUUGGCAGAGUUAAACCAAAAGAUGGGUCCCCGGUAUGCGAAAUUGAACAAAGCCCUGAUUGAGAUGGUGGGAGAAUAUGGGAUGGUUAAUUUCAUACCCCUUGACAUAAGGAAAGAACGAAGUAUUCAGUAUGUUCUGUCCCAGAUUGAUGUCUGCAUCCAGUUUGGAGAAGACGCUGACGUUAAGAUCAAAGAUGAGGAUGAAGAUUUUGGUGAUGAUCAGUAAUUUGUUACUCUGUUUCGCAAACAUUUCUCUUAAACUUCUAAACAAUCUUGGUCUUGUCAAAGACCAUUGAGUUUGUGAGAACUAUUUUAUUGCUGAAUAUCAAACCUUAACCAGUGAGAGAUUUUCAACUCUUCGGUAUUUCUCUAAGCAGACACUAGUACCAAAUCAGCUACAGUUGAUCUUGUCUUCUUUAACCAAAAAAAUUUCAAGAUUAAUAAUCAACAUCUAAGUUCGCAAGAAAACUAAAGCUUAGUUAGGAAUAUUAAAUCUUUCUUAUCUGCAACACAAUGAAUAAUCAGCCAUCACCUCGUUGCUUUUCUUUUACUUGGUCAAGUCCAAAACGUAGAGGAUUGAUCAUGAGGUUAUAGGAUUGUAAUGAUCAAAUUUGUAAGUGUUUGAAACGUUGGAUUUGUCGGAGAUUUAAGUGAAUCAUUGCAACUGUUUAAGUAAACAAUUGCAAUUGUUUGAACCAUUGUUCGGUGAUUGUAAAUUUUGAUAAUGAACCAUUGAAUUUAGUAAUGAACAAUUC